AUGAGCUCCAAGGUCAUCUGUGGCUUGAUCCCCGUCCUGAAGGAUGCGCUUGCAAACUAUCCGCUCGUAAAAGCGACCUGCACCUAUCGCGUCGCCGACGUGUAUACCAGCGCCGAGCUCGUCCAAGAGUACUACUCUGCAGAUUCCAACCCGGUCCUUGACAUUGCCUACGUCUUUCCGCUCCCUCCCUCAGCAGCAGUCUGUGGUUUCAAGGCGAUCAUCGACGGUACCAAGGUCAUCAAUGGAGUCGUAAAAGAAAAGGAGCAAGCCAAGCAAGAGUAUCAAAAGGCCGUCUCUCAAGGAAGGACUGCAGGUUUGCUCGAGAAAGCUCAUGCAGAUGUAUUCCGCGUGUCUCUGGGCAAUAUCAAACCUUCCCAACGUGUAGCAGUGCACAUCUCGUUCAUAUCCAUCAUCCCGAGUAACGGAGAGUCUCCCAAUGAUCUUCGCCUUACCAUUCCGACAACAAUUGCCGAGCGAUAUGGCGAGCUACCUGUCGACAUUCCUGGAUAUAAUUCAGAGAAUACAUUCGCGCUCACGGUAGACAUCCAAAUGACGGCCCCUAUCACUGCAAUCAGCUCACCGACACACCCUCUCUCGGUCUCGCUAGGAGGGUCCAAUGGUACGACACCCAACGUCGCCACCGUCUCCUUUAAUGAUUCGACGACAUUGAAGCAAGACAUUGUCGUCGUAAUCGCUGUUCAGAAUCUGGACCGUCCUCGCUGCACCCUGGAGCGGAAAAGCGAGGAAACAAAUGCCUUUGCGCUUACAUUGGUGCCCAAGUUUGAUCUACCGUCGGUUCAAAGUCAAGAAUAUACAUUUCUCGUUGACCGGAGUGGGAGCAUGGAAGGAAGCCGCAUCGAGUCUGUCAAGAAUGCACUACAGAUCAUGCUACGAUCUCUGCCGAGAAAGAAAACGACUUUUAAUAUCAUCUCGUUUGGAAGCAGUCACAAAAAGCUUUGGGACAACUCUCGAGAGUACAGCUCUGAAAGUGUAGCAGAGGCUAGCGCAGCGGUCGAAGGUUUCAGUGCCGACUUUGGGGGUACGGAGCUUCAAAGCGCGCUGCGAGCAGCGUAUGGGAGCAAGUCUCGUUCCCACCCAGAUCACCCACCUUCGACUGCGGUGUUUGUCCUGACUGAUGGCGACUCUUGGGAUCUACGAGGUGUCACUAGUACAGUUAAGGCAGCGACAGAUCAGUCACGCAAAGAGGGCCAUCUCUUGAGAACAUUUGUCCUAGGGGUAGGCGAUAGUGUGGCUGUCAGUACCUGCGAGGCCAUGGCUCGUGCCGGUCUAGGUGUUGCAGUCUUUGUCGGGUCAAACGAAAAACCUGAUGCCAAGCUCGUCAAUUUGCUUCGAGCUGCACGCGGUGGCGUCUUGGACAACAUUUCCAUCGAUUGGGGUCGUGAAGAACACUUUGAGCUCAUCGAUGGAAAGAGCACUUCCGAAGGCGAGACCUCUCGAAUCAUGCAGGCACCCAGCCUUGACAAGCUCAGCGUGCCCAUGUAUCCGGGAUUCCGAUGCAGCGUCUUUGCCAUUACUCCUCGAGGUUCGACCGAGCCGUCUAUUUCGCACAUCAGGCUCAAGGGGGAUAUCCUCGGUCAAGAUGUUGCCCUGGAGGUGCUAGUUCAGAUCACAGAGGCCCAUGCCUCGAACGCACUCCGCAACGAUUUUAUCCACACUCUUGCCGCAAGAGCGAUCAUUGAAGAGCUCGAGGACAAAGAGACCAUAGCCGAUACUCGAGACGAGGUCGUUCGGCUCGGGGUCAAAUACUCUCUCGCAACUUCUGCCACUUCGUUUAUUGCCGUCUCCGAGGAUACAACUCUUACGACCUUGGACUCCGCUUCGGACGGAAAUUUGCAGCAGGAACGUGUGGAUGACACAAUCUUUAUCGACUACGAGUCUGUGACUAUGGCUUCCGAGGUGUCUGAGGAGUAUGAGAUGGAAGAAUCGGACAAUGAUAUGGGUUUCGGCCUGUUUGACGAUGACGAGCCCGUCGCGUCUUAUGGCCCGACCAGCUACGAUGACCAAAUGUCCUUACCUAGGAUGCUGGCACCUUCGUUGUCUUCGGUACCGAACCUAGGUUCCUCAAUGCCACCACCGCCUGGGGCCCCAAUAUCCCCGCCUGUGUUCCAACCGACAUCCAGGAGUUCAAAUGUCUUAGCCUCUCCGGCCCCAGCUUCAAUUUCCUCGCCGAUGGUUCAAUCGAAAGGCUUGGCAUCUACAACGAGAGGUGUUGAACAUAUAAAGGUCCCACCUGCGCCGAUGCCAGCUCCCCUCACUAUCGCGACUAUUGCGCGAUCUCAAGAGUUUGACGGGUCAUUCAAGAGUGAUCCUGUAACUAUACAACUGCUUCUAUCUCGAAAAGCCAUUCCCUCAACCCCUAACACACUCGAGGUGCUGACUGGACCAGAGAGGGAGACUGUCUGGAUGACUCUACUGGUACUCUGUGUACUGGAGAGAUUCUCCUCGGAAGAAGAGCGUGCAUCAUGGCACUUGCUUGCGGAAAAAGCCAACGAGUACGUCUCGGAGGUUCUCAUGGACCUUGGCAUUCAGAAAGGCGAGGUGGAAAAAAUGCUAGGAAAGUUGAAAGAAGAUGCCUCGGAUGCGCUGAGGUAA